GAAAAGCAUUUGUGUGAAAAACAAAAGGGAAGAGAGUUGAAAACACGAAAAAAGAAGCUCUCAAUAUCAGCUGCCCUAAUUGGUGAUUUACAUCCGAAGUCCAAACACUUUGCAGCACACCGGCGGCCACAAUCAGCUCAAGGCUCAAUUGGUUAACUGGCUGCUGCCACCGUUUGAUCUGUCGAUAAUCAAUGGCUGAGGAAGCUGUGUUGGGGUUUCUUGAAAAGAAUGAGGAGAUAUCAGAUUCUGGAAAGUUUGCGGAGGAGAAAGGAAUCAGCCACGAUGAGAUUGUGAACAUCGUGAAAAGCCUCAACGGUUUUCGUCUUGUUGAUGCCCAGGAUAUUAAGAGGGAACAAUGGGUGCUCACGCAGGAAGGGGAACUGUAUUCUAAAUACGGAUCUCCUGAAGUACUGCUCUUUUCUGCUGUUCCACCAGAGGGUAUCACGCGAGAAGAAUUGCAGGUACUCACAUCUAGUUUUUAGGGCUUAAAAUUAGUUUAUUAAUGAAUGGGAUGUCUUAUAGAGUUGUUGUAUUUCUGCAGAAAACUUUCGCAUCACGAUUGCCGAAUGAUAUUGAUGAAAAGUUGAAGUCAGCUAUUUACAAAAUAGGUAGCACACAGGCCAUAAAGAAUAAAUGGAUAGAAAUGGGGAAGUCGCAAGUUUUGAGAAAGUUUAAAAUGCAAUGCUCUGUAAGCCCGUGGCCUCUUAUCUUGCUAUGUUAUAAUUUUGGUUCAAAGAUAUACUACAUGUUGGAGGUCGAUCAUGUUGAUGACCGCGUAAAAGACUUGCUUAUACAAAUCCAGAGUGGUGAGGGGAUCGGUGCUGAGGAUAUCAAUGCUCUCAAAAAAAGAAAGCUUAUUAGUUCCCAGAUUUGGAAAGGCUAUUCAAUAAAGAAAGGUCCCAAGUAUGCUCCUAAAAGGAAAAAGGAGGCUACUGAUUUGGCUCGCGAAAAUUUACAGAGGGGUGAUUGGAAGGAUAUUGAGUUCAAAGAGUAUAACUUCCUUGCAAAGGGCCAGCCAACAGAAGGUUCGAAGAAAUGCCUACAAAUAAUUUUGUUGAAAGCAGAGCCUUCAUCCACAAGAAGUCUUCCUGAAGACUAUGUUGAGCGAGUUAAACGAGUUCACGAAUCUGGGGGUUAUGGAUCGAGAGGUUAUGGGUAUGAUUGGAAGAGAGAGGAAGCAGAUAAGAAUCUUCUGCGGACACACACUACUGCUGUUUCGUCCAGGAUGCUUUAUGCACUUGCUCAGGGACCUUUCACUCCCAAAAGAUACUAUUCAAUUGAUCGUGUCUUUAGAAACGAAGCUGUGGACAGAACUCAUCUAGCCGAAUUCCACCAGAUAGAAGGGUUAAUUUGUGAUCGGAAUCUUACUCUUGGACACUUAAUAGGAGUUCUUAACGACUUCUUCUCUCGUCUAGGAAUGUCCAAAAUUAAGUUCAAGCCCGCCUACAAUCCUUACACCGAGCCCAGCAUGGAAAUCUUCAGUUAUCAUGAAGGUUUGCAGAAAUGGGUCGAAGUUGGAAACUCGGGCAUGUUUAGACCAGAAAUGCUGCUUCCCAUGGGGCUUCCGGAAGAUGUUCAGGUCAUAGCAUGGGGGCUUUCACUUGAAAGACGGGUCGGGCUCAAGACCGCGCAGCAAGACGAUACCAUAUUAACUAGUUCACUUUCAGUUUUGCCCAUUUUCAAGCGGGUCUCUCAAUUUCACUCCGAACAGUUCACAGAUAACAUAAUGGUUAUCCCUUUCUUCGAUUUCCCUUCUUUCGACCCUCUGUUCAUGACAUAUUCUUCUGACUCAGUUUCUCCAUUGUUGCAUAACAAUGCAUCUGGAGAUGGGCUGAGCUUAGUUUUUAAACGCUGGGCCACCAAGAAAACUGCUGGAUCCACGAAAAAUGGGCGUGACUCUUUGCCCAAGAAUCUCGGUGUUAAGAAAUUCGGUGGAGAGAGAGUGAUUCCUGGGAACAUCAUCGUCCGCCAAAGGGGUACUCGAUUCCAUCCGGGGAAUUAUGUGGGAAUUGGAAAAGAUCACACGCUCUACGCUUUAAAGGAAGGAUGUGUUAAGUUCGAGAAGAACAAGCUGACUAAGCGCAGAUGGGUUCAUGUCGAACCCAAAGAAGGCUAUGAAAUCCAUCCCAUCUAUGCUGGUGCCGGGGGAGAGUCUUCUAAAAUGAAGACUGCUGCUGCUUGAAAUUUGUUUUCUAGUAAAAUUACAGAUAAGUAUGUUUUUCUUUAUUAAGGCACUGGUGAAUGGUGAUUAUCUUGCUCGAGUGCUUUUGAAUGCUAAAGGUGGUUUUCAUUUUCAAGAUCUUGGGAUAGUGCUUUUGGAUGUCUUGUGUUGUGAUUGAAGAUUUGACGAUAGAUUGUUUGCUUUUUGUAAGCUUCUAUUUGAAAUAAUUAGCUUUUUUCUUGUUUCUGUUUUUACUUUUUAUCAAGUAUUUAAUGAUCCAGGUAAUUUUCAGUUUCCAGGGGUUAUAAUUUUUAUCAAGCUUCUAUUGAAAUAAUAUUUGGUGUCUGUAAUUUUCCCAUUGAUGUAGGUGCAGUUUUUAGAUUUAUUUGAAUCGUGAAGGGUAAUAUGUAAGAAG